CCUGUGAUGAAGAGAUCUUUGGUACAGUCCAAGAAAUUUCAGGUUAAGUUUGUUUGUUCCGGGGAUCUGCAACUCUCUCUGCAUGUUUGCCUGGCGGGACAGGAACUCGAUGGCUUAAAGUCAUUUUAAUUCAGACAGAGACCAUGGGUUCUACCUCAACUAAGCCCUUUAAAAAUCAGAAGUAUGAAGACCUCAAGCGACAGUGCCUUGAGCAGAAGAAGCUCUUUGAAGACCCUGAAUUUCCUGCUACUGAUGUUUCUCUCUUCUAUCUUAAUCCACCACUAGCAAAUGUGAAGUGGAAACGCCCAAAGGAGUUCUGUGAAGAUCCUCAUCUGACCGUACAUGGAAUUAGUUCCCACGAUUUACAUCAAGGGAGAUUGGGAAACUGUUGGUUUGUGGCUGCUUGUUCUUGCUUAGCUCUUCGGAAGAAGCUGUGGCAGAAGGUGUUCCCGAAUAUUAAGGAACAGGACUGGGACCAAAAGAGACCGGAGAAAUAUGCUGGAAUCUUUCAUUUCCAUUUCUGGUGUUUUGGAGAAUGGAUUGAUGUGGUCAUAGAUGAUCGGUUGCCAACCAUAGACAAUAAACUGAUCUACUGCUCUUCUAAGGAGCCCAAUGAAUUCUGGAGUGCACUUUUGGAGAAAGCUUAUGCAAAGAUGGCAGGUUGUUAUGAAGCCUUGGAUGGGGGCAGCACAGCUGAGGCGAUUGUUGAUUUCACAGGAGCUGUAGCAGAAUCCAUCAACCUAAUUGAUGGUAAUUAUGACUAUAGUAUCAUCGAGCAGGUGAAACUCUUUAGAGAUUUGCUGAAAGUUAAUAAAAGGGGAGGAUUGAUCAGCUGCUACAUCAUGCCUUCAUCCCUCAGUGAUUUUGAAGUAGAGACGGAUGUGGGUUUAGUGAAAGGUCAUGCCUAUUCAGUGACAUCUAUUCUGAAAAUGUCUGUUGGACAGAAGAACCUGUGCAGUGGAAAGUCUGAGAAACUUUUCAUGAUCCGAUUAAGGAAUCCUUGGGGAAACAAGGAAUGGAAAGGAGCAUGGAGUGAUGAAUCUGAGGAAUGGAAAAAAGUGAGCAAAUCAGAGCGAACAAGAUUAGGUCUCACCCUUGAAAAUAACGGAGAAUUUUGGAUGACAUUUGAAGACUGGUGCAAAAACUUCACUGAUGUGGACAUUUGUCGGAUUGUGAACACCUCUUUCUUCAGUAUCCAUAAGACCUGGGAAAAGAAAAUGAUGCGUGGACAGUGGACAAAGAAUCCAAAUGCCAUGUUAAAUCGCUCUGGAGGGUGUUUAAACAACGAAGCCACUUUUCUCCAAAACCCUCAGUAUAUUUUUGAUGUUACGAAGGUGGAAGACAAAGUCUUGAUCUCUCUCCAGCAGAAGGACCAGCGGAUUCACCGGAAAGAAGGGGCAGGAGAUAAUCUUGUUAUAGGCUUUGAAAUUUUCAAGGUGGAAGAUAACCGAGAAUAUCGCUUGCACCAGUUGAAAAUACAAGAGAGGAUAACUAACUUCACCUAUCUGAACAAUCGCACCGUGUACUUAAAAGUGUUUCUCAAGCAAGGCCGAUACCUUUUGAUCCCAACCACAUUUUCUCCAAACACGGAAGGGGAAUUUAUUCUGAGGCUCUUCACAGAUGUUCCAUCAGCACUCAGGGAGCUGAAAUUGAACAAACCCAGAAUGUCUUGCCUGGAUAUCCUGCUGGGUGUCCCUAAGAGAAUGUCCCUUGUUAAAGUCUAUAGGGUAGAAGGACUCCAGAGUCAUGGGGAAACCAGCCCUUAUAUAAUUAUUAAGUGUGAGAACAGUAAGGUUCGGUCUCCCUCUCAGAAAGACGGUGGGGCUGCUGUUUUCAACACCCAGGCGGUUUUCUACAAAAGGAAGGUUGACAGCCCCAUUAUUGUCCAGGUCUGGCACAAUGCUUUCAUUGACCGAUUCCUGGGAGAGGUCCGACUGUCUGGGUCACCCAGUGACCCUCAGGAUCUUCAGAAGUACCAACUCCAUGGCAGAGGCCAGCAAGAAGCAGAAGAAGUACCAGGUCAAAUCACUAUCAAGACACUUUCCAGCGAUGACCUGAUGGAGCUAUGAGUUGCAGUCUGAUAGGCUCCAAGAGGGAGUUAUGUUUUGCACACCUGUGUAUGUUACUGUUAGAAUCCCUUCUUUGGUCUGUAAUCUCUGGGUUGCAAAUGGACAGUACAAAAAUUUAUAAAGAGACACAGGUGGGACUGGAUUGUUACCAAUGGGAUGACCUCCUCUUUCUUCCCUCUCUUCAGAUGCCAUUUAUUUUCCAAAUUGUAAUCUCAUAACCAUUGGGUGAACCAUUGCUAUAACUUUUCAGGCUUUUGGUUAAAAAAUAGGAACAUGUCACAGAGCUAACCAGGUUAAGUUCCAAACUUAACUGCUGAAUAGCUUCAUACCAGUUUUCUCAGUGGAAGUGGAUCAUUGUUUGGGUCAGCUGAGUUACUUUUGAGGUGAAAUAUCAACUUUGUCCCAAAUCCUACUAGAACUGCUAGGAAGAGUCCAUUCUUUUUUCUUCAGAAUCAAUGCAGCCACUGAAUAAGAGAUGCUGCAUUUGACGUGUGGGAUGACACAUCCCAUGAUGGGAGGCUUAAUGUUGCAGAAUGGCCAAAUAGGCGCUUUGAGUACUUUGUCUUCACACAGCUCUAUCUUAUGCUUGAGCCAAAUAAUAAUAAUAAUAAUAACAACAACAACAACAAUAACAACAGUAGUGGUAGUAGUACAUAAACGGAAAACUGUUCUCCAGCAGUUGCCUUUUCUUUCUUUUUGAUGAAAGGGGAGUCCUCAACUUACAACACUAGUUCGGAGCAACACAUUCAUUGUCAAAUGGUGCACUCAUUAAGUGAAGGGCCACACCCAGUCUCGUGAUAUUUUUGCCACAGUUGCAAAGCAAAACAUUGCAUGAUUGCAAUUUGCAACCUUCCCUGCUAACUUCCUCAUUGACUUUGCUUGUUAGAAGCCAGCUGGGAAGGUUGCCAAUGGUGAUCAUGUGACCCCCACAUGGAUGCUACAGCCAUCCUAAAGUGCACAACAGUUGCCAAGGUGCCUACAUCACAAUCACUGUGAUGGUCAUAAAUGCAAGGACCGGUCCUAAAUCACUUUUUUUCAGCACUGUUGUAACUUUGAAUGCCGUUAAACGAAUCAUUAUAAGUCAAAGACUACCUUCGUAUGUUGGUUCCUUGGACCUACUCUGGCAUAGGUUCUGACAGUGGGAAUAGCCUCAAGCAGAGAAUCACCCCAAACAUUCCUGCUGAUGGGACGAGAGGCAGAGAGAGAGAUCAGUGCUGUUUUGGGUGGGUGGGGGAGUGUCCCAAAGAAGCCUUGUCUCCUCACAAUCUAGAAGAUCCUUCAACAUCUGGGGUAUAUUUUCAGGGAGAUCCAGAAAAUGAUGUGGGAAGAGGGAAAGGACCUGUCAGACCUGCCACAAUUUAAGCUUCUCAAUAGAAACGAUCCUUGGCUCCAUUUGUUGAGAAAAGAAUAGUUUAUUAGCGGUCAAAUGUAUUGGAGUAAUGCAUAGCCAGAACAGAGAGAAUCACUCACCAAAAUCCCUAAGUUCAACUUUUCCCUCCCUUAGCUGUAUUUCACUGCCAACCCCCAUGUAACCAAUCAGGUUCAGGUAUUUUCAUAACAGUCAAUCGAAGCAUCAUUUAGUAUGCAGUUCCCUCUUUCUUCCAGCUGGGUGACCUUGAGGCAGUCUCUCAAGGAGAUACAGCACUUCUUUUCAUUUCCCCAAGCAUUCCACUCCCUUCAUUCCCCCUCCCCACAGUUUAUGGCAGUCUGUCACCACAUAGCAAUGAAGCACAAGCAAGUAUAAAGUGGCAGUUGAUAGGACCCAAGCAUAUCUAAGGGGAGAAUUCCCCUGCUCCAUUCAGAGUCUGCACUUAAUGAAAGGUGUCCUCUUAUUGCUACAGUGUUAUGGUGGAUUCAAGCCAAUGCACAGAAAAUAAUACCUGUACUUCGCACUUUUCUUUUUUUUUCGCACUGUCAGAGCAAGUCUUUAUAUGGAAUGUAUACAAUAUAUUUAAACACAUAUAGUAUAUUUUAACAAACAUAUUAACUAUCUAGAGUAACAUAUUCUGCUAUUAGCAUCCUCUAGGUGAAUUAUAACAAUCAGCAUUUAUGUUGCACUUUUUAUAAGCACAAAGCACAUAUAUUAUUCAAAAAUAUAUGUAACAUAUAACAAAUGUAUGUAUCUUUGUAUUAUUUAUGCCCGUACUGCAGAUGGAAGAAAGGGAAAACUGAGAUUACCUGCUAAGGAAGUACUAUUU